UGGCAGGCUUCCUCAUUUGAAGCUACACCAUCGUACGGUUGUAGGUCUGGUCGUCGCCAUGAGCAACCCUUUGAAAACUGCCGCUUGUGAGGAAAUCGACCGGCAUGCCAGUGAGCUUCAUGGUCUCAGCCACAGUAUCUGGGAACACCCCGAAUUAAACUUUGAGGAGAAACACGCGCAUCAGGUUUUGACAGAUUUCUUGGAAAAACAAGGGUUCCACGUGGAGCGCCAAUAUAAACUGGAGACAGCCUUUAGGGCGACAUAUGGGGAAGGCCCCGGGCCUCAUGUCGCCUUACUGUGCGAGUAUGACGCUCUGCCAGGAAUCGGCCAUGCCUGUGGACAUAAUCUUAUCGCCCAGGUGGGGGUGGCGGCAGGACUGGGUGCAAAGGCGGCUUUGAAAGCUUCAGGAAAACAUUUUCCGGGCAAGAUCACCGUGCUAGGUACACCUGCAGAGGAGGGAGGGGGUGGGAAGGUUGAUCUUAUCAACGCUGGCGCCUUUGACGGCGUUGACGUCGCAAUGAUGGCGCAUCCUUCCAAGGCGACUUUCUCCAAACCAAAAUCUUUGGUUAUGGACGCGUUCACUAUUCAGUACAUAGGUAAGGCUGCCCACGCGUCAUCGUCCCCGUGGGAAGGAAUCAACGCCCUCGAUGCCGCUGUGUUGGCAUAUCAAAACGUUUCUGUUCUUCGUCAACAGUUUAAACCCACAUGGAGGGUCCACGGCAUCAUCACAAGUGGAGGCGUCAAGCCAAACAUAAUCCCGGAGUUUUCAGAACUCCGUUAUAUGUGUCGGACUCCGUGCGUGGUUGAGAUGAAAACCCUACAGAGCAAACUGAAGGACUGCUUCACUUCUGCUGCAGCGGCCACUGGGUGCAAGGUGGAAUUUGUACACGAUCAGAAGCCGUAUGAGGAUCUGUUAUCUAACAGUACUUUAGCGACUUUGUUUGAAGAGAACGCCGCUGGUUUAGGUGUAGAUAUUUGUUCUGAUCCUGCUGUGACACAGAGAUUCGGCGGGUCAACCGACAUGGGCAACGUGUCGCAUGUAGUUCCGAGUCUACAACCCAAGUUUUACAUCGGGACCACGGCAAGCAUCCACUCUACAGAGUACACUGCAGCUGCAGGAUCACCGACGGCUCAGCCCUAUACUCAAACCAUCGGGAAGGCUCUAGCCAUGGUGACGCUGGACAUCCUACAACAACCCCAAUUAAUGUCAAAGAUAAAGGAAGAUUUCGACCGCGACACACAACGGUGAUCUCGUGUUAAUCGAAUGGAAACAUGGUUGAAGCCGCUAUUAUAAGGAUUUUCGCCAUAAAAGAGGAACUUUUACUAUGAUUUUUAACGGGUGAAAGGCAAAUGAAACUUGAAUGAGAAAGUAUUGUAUGCACACUCCUCGAUUUUGGUACUUUAAAUAUAGCCCAUGCUUGAGCUUUUUGGUCUCAAGGGUUGGAGGGUAUAUACUUGUAAUUGUAAUGGAAUCUCAUGGUCAUAAUGGUGAAAGAAUAUACGUGUAUCAGACAAUACUAUGUAACAACGUUUCAGUAUAAAAUUCAGAUUAAAAGAUUAAUUUUCUUUUGUGGUUACGUAAACUUUAUGUAUUAUGUAUCAUACGUUCGGUUUACGUCUGUCUGACAUUAUACGGAUCCUAUAGAUAGUUUAUAAAUUUCUGCCAACUUCAAUUUAGGCUUUGACAACAGUUGUUUAAUUUACAGUCAUUUGGGAUUUGAUCAUGGCUGCUACACUUGGUCAUAUACACUUCUACGCGGACAAUUUCAUGUGUAAAUGCUUAAAACAUACCAACUUACACGCUCCCGAUGUAGCACCAUGCGUGGCUUAUGCAGAAUUGGGUAAAUAAAAUA